CGCGUCAACAGUGCUUUGGCAUGGUGGGGCAGUAUUCAAAUUACAUAGGGGGCCCACAGCACUGCACAUCCGGGCCCAGACGAGGCUAUUUUUACAAGACGAAGGCUGGAACACAGCUGGUUGAAUAAGACUCUAAAUGGGAUAGGAAAGCAGCCAACAGGAGAGUGUGAAUAUUGCCAGGAAAUAGAGACCGUGGGGCAUGUACUGACACAGUGUGGGUAGUAUCAGAGGGAACGAGAGAGACUGACAUCCAGUUUGAGGGAGAAGGGGAUACAGGAAAUGAGUUUAAAGAGGAUAUUGAGUCGAACGUCAUUAGAUACAGUCCCAAAUAUUUUGUUAUCUUAUUUUUAAAGGAAAACGGGACAUGGCAGGAUUGGAGGACAUCGGGAAGAGAAUGCAAGCUGCGGCACGGAAACGUCAAGGCAAUGCACCUCGGUCGUCAACAAACCCCAGCCAACCAGAGUCCAAGCCAAAAGGGUCAUCAAUGAAGAGGCCACAGUUCCACUUUGACCUGUGGUUCUAUCUCACAGUACAAAACUGGAUACUGGACUUUGGAAGGCCCAUUGUAAUGAUCAUUCUCCCUCUGGACUGGUUCCCCCUGAACAAGCCCAGUGCCGGAGACUACUUUCACAUGGCCUACAAUGUCAUCACGCCAUUCCUACUGCUCAAGCUGAUUGAGAGGAGUCCCAGGGCCCUGCCUCGCUCCGCUGUGUACCUGAGCAUCAUCACCUUAGUGAUGGGCGCCAGCAUCCACCUGGUGGGCGACUCCAUCAACCAUCGUCUGCUGCUGAGUGGCUACCAGCUCCACCUGUCUGUCAGAGAGAACCCCAUCAUCAAAGACCUCAAACCUGCUACACUGAUUGAUUCGUUUGAGCUUCUUUAUUUUUAUGAUGAACAACUGGGACAUUUGAUGUGGUAUAUUCCUUUCUUCAUAAUCCUCUUCCUCUACUUCACUGGCUGCUUUACUCACGUCAAAGAGGAGAAGACGAUGCCCCUGUCUGGUUGGCUGCUACUCGGACCCAGUGCCCUCUACUAUUGGUACUUGGUCACAGAGGGUCAGAUCUUCCAACUCUUCCUCCUCACCUUCCUAGCUAUGGUAGCCACGGUGAUCCACCAGCGGCAUAAGGGCUCUGUCCCAGACGCCAAUGGCCUCUUUCUGUUCGCCAGCUUCUCUGUCACCAUGUUCCUGGUGGCCGUGUGGGUGGCCUGGCUGUGGAGCGACCCGGUGCUGCGUAAGAAAUACCCCGGUCACCUGUACGUCCCCGAGCCCUGGUCCUACUACACAUUACACGUUAAGGACAGCCACUGAUAGGAGUGACAACAGCCUCCUGUGGAAUGGACUAAUACUGACUGAAUGGAUUCCAUCAAUAUCUUGCAUCCUGCUACAGAUAAAUGGUCUAUCCGCUCCAGAAUGACAUCAUCAGCAAGCGCCACAUGGAGUGUGGAUCGAGCACAGUUUUCUACAGUUGCACCCCACCACUCCCCCCAUCCACAAGUCUACAGUAUGACCAUCUUACAGUAUGCAAUGUUACAGUAUUAAUUUAAAAUGAGACAAAAAAAUGAACUCAAAGAAAGGUCAGUGUUGGGUGUACUUGAACAUCAUUGUAUUGCUUCAAGUAAGUUGUUUGAACAAUUCAAUAUCAGAUAUUUUUAGUAAUAAACGUUUUUUACUCCA